CAAUUACAACACAAGCACCAGAAUUCUAAUAGAGAGAGAGAUAGAGAGACCCCUCCCCUCCCCUGCCCUCCCUCAAGUGUAGUCCCUCUCUAAUUAUUAUUAUUAUUAUUAUUAUCGGACAAGGCCACAAACGUUUUGGCUGCUUUUCAGUUAGGAUAAGACCGGUGACGGAGCGCCGGCGGUUCCAGUGGCGUACCGCAUCCACCCAUACCUAGCUGCUGCUGCUGCUACUACCCCAGCGUCUCCUUCUUCAACAUUAUUGCACUCAAGCUUGGUGCGAAUGGUGGCUUCCGCGCUUUUUUGCAGCAGCAGCAGCAGGAGGAAACACCCACUCGCAUUACCUCUGCUCUUCCUCUCUCUCUGCGCUUCUCUCGCUUUCUCCGCCCGCCUCCCGGCCUCCCGCCGUGACCUUCAUCUACAUAACCACUUGAAAAGGCUAAACAAAUCUCCCGUCAAAAGCAUUCAGAGCCCGGAUGGGGAUAUCAUUGAUUGUGUGCACAUCUCCAAACAGCCUGCUUUUGACCACCCUUUUCUCAAAGACCACAAGAUCCAGACGAGGCCAGACUACCACCCAGAAGGCCUCUAUGAUUUGGAGAAGGAAUCUUUUGUUGGAACAAAACAAGGAACAAAUCCAAUAACUCAGCUAUGGCACACGAAUGGACAUUGUCCUGAGGACACAAUCCCUAUAAGGAGGACAAAGAGAGAGGAUGUAGCAAGGGCAAGUUCUGUGAAGAAAUAUGGGAAGAAGAAGCACAAGAGCUAUCCUAAGCCCAGCGGUACAGAUCCUGGCAUUGUCAGUGAAAGUGGUCAUCAGCAUGCAAUAGGUUAUGUACAGGGGGAGAGAUAUUAUGGAGCAAAGGCGACCAUUAAUGUUUGGGAACCCAAAAUACAGCAGUCUAAUGAGUUCAGCUUAUCCCAGAUCUGGGUUCUUGGUGGUUCUUUUGGACAAGACCUUAACAGCAUUGAGGCUGGUUGGCAGGUCAGCCCAGACUUGUAUGGUGACAAUAACACUCGGCUGUUCACUUACUGGACAAGUGACGCAUACCAAGCCACAGGUUGUUACAACCUUCUCUGCUCGGGAUUCAUUCAGGUCAACAGUCAAAUAGCAAUGGGUGCAAGCAUAUCUCCUGUUUCUGCAUAUCGAAAUUCACAGUAUGAUAUCAAUAUUCUUAUCUGGAAGGAUCCGAGUCAAGGAAAUUGGUGGAUGCAGUUUGGGAGUGACACAGUUCUUGGAUACUGGCCAUCCUUCUUAUUCUCAUACUUGGCUGACAGUGCAAGCAUGAUCGAAUGGGGUGGGGAGGUGGUGAACACGCAGCCUGACGGCUUGCACACCUCUACCCAAAUGGGCAGCGGCCAUUUCCCAGAAGAAGGAUUCGGGAAGGCGGGGUAUUUUCGGAACAUCCAAAUAGUUGACAGUUCAAACAACCUCAAGUCACCCAAAGGCCUUGGCACCUACACUGAGCAGUCAAACUGCUAUGAUGUCCAGACAGGCAAGAAUGAGGACUGGGGCCAUUAUUUCUAUUUUGGAGGCCCUGGUAGGAACUCUAACUGCCCAUGAAAGUUGAAAAAGUCUAGCCCCCCAUAACUUCCAAUCUGUAUCAUUAAAUGUAAUCUAAUUUUUCCUUUUCUUUGAGGAUUUUAGGCAUCAGUUAGUUGUAAUUGUGAACGUAUGUUUAUAUAAUAUAUGUUCUCGUAAAGUGUUUUGAUAUUUUAUCCUUUAACUCUUUGAGUCUUUUGCUCGUUUCAAAGUCUUUGUUCUUUUGUAAGCUUACAAGAAAAUGUCCCAAAUCAUUUCUCAUGCUAGGCAGUAGGCACUUUGCUAGUAAAAAUAGGUAAAAG